AUGGAGAAUCAGAAACUCGAUCAGAAAACCUUCAGGAAAGACUAUGAGAGAGUAAGUAAUGAGAAGAUAGAAAAGCUAGAAACAAAGCUUACCGAGGCUAAAGCCGAGCUUCAAGCGGCGAAAAUGGACAGGAGCAAGACCCAGGGAGAAAUCCAUGAUCUUGAGACUCUCGUGCAGGAGCGAUCGAAUAAAAUCAAGAAGAACAAAGCCAUAAAGUACCUCACAAAGGUUACAUGUGGUGCCCCGUUCUAG